AUGCUCAGGAAUCAGCAACAAUGGGACCUUGGCGAACCAGAGCUCAACGAUAGGGGACAGCCAGUCAUCCACAACAUUGCUUCCAAGCUUGGUUGCAUACGCCCCAACAGCGAUAUCGACCUCCCUGUUCAUUCGAUAUUCCCCGAAGACGAAGCUGGUCUGGCCGAGCUGGCACGCCAGCUGGAAGAGCAGCAGCAAAAGGAACACGAGAUUGAGAAGACGGUCAAGGUCGAGAUGGAGUCACGGUCGAGCUGCAACCUUUCUGACCGAUCGAGCUCGUCAGAGCUGGAUCACUCGGAUUUUGAGGCCGACUAUCGCAAACAGGUCUUUGGCAAUAACAGCAACGUGACACUGUCACCGCAGAGCUUUGUUGGUGGCUACAACGAGUUUGAUGUCGACAGCGUAACAUCACCCGUCGAUGCUUCGGUCAUGUUUCCAGGGCCGCCGGCCGCCGUUGCAUCUUACGCCCCACAGUGGGCCACGAGGCCGACAUCGAUGGAUCUCACGACGCAACAGUUCCUCCAACAGUCAGGGGCUCUCACAAAUAUGGACAUGCUCAAUCAAGGUCUUAUGGAGUCGGAAUUCGGCACUAUCAAGCCUCACAUGCUGUCAUGCCCGAACCCCGAGGUCAUGAUGGGCAUGGGGGAUCCCAUGAUGUACGGCGGUUACGACGCCGAAUCCAUGCGACUCUAA